AUUUUGGGUAAGAGUUAAAGCUUCUAGAAUACGCAUACCGGAGGAACCAACCGAACCCCUGCUCCUCUCUGCAUUGUGGAGGCAGUAAAAAAAACCCUAAAACCCUAGAAAUUGAGAGUCUAGCUCAACAACGUUACACAGAACACACAAAUGGACUUCGACGAGUAUGAAUACCUGGAGAAGACAGUGGAAGAGCAACAGGAAGACAGAGAUUCCUCUAAGAAGAAGAAGGAUAACAACGACAAGAGCGAGAGGAGUUACCGGAAGCACGACGUUGACGAGGAUCUCGACGCCGACGAAAGGAGGAGCAAGAGGUCCAAGGGCGACGACGAGAACGGUUCCAAGAGAGAUCGUGACAGAGAUAGAGAACGCGAGCGCGACCGUUCCUCUGCCCGUCACCGAAGUGAGAGGGAGAGAGACGGUGAGAGGAGUAGCAGAGACAAAGAGAGGGAUAAGGAUAGAGAGAGGAGGGACAAAGACAGGGAUAGGAGAGACAGGGAAAAGGAACGCGAGAGAAGGGACAGGGAGCGAGAGAGAGAGCGAGACGAGAAAGAGAGAUCCAGAAGGAGUAGGAGUCGUUCUGAGAGAGAUAGAGACAGAGAACGAGAUUUCGAGACGCGGGAUGGCCGGAGAUUUAGGGAUAAGAAAGAGGCUGUGGAACCUGAGGCAGACCCAGAAAGGGAUCAGAGAACUGUUUUUGCCUACCAGAUGCCCUUAAAAGCAACAGAGAGAGAUGUGUACGAGUUCUUCUCAAAGGCUGGCAAGGUGAGAGAUGUCCGUCUGAUCAUGGAUAGGAACUCAAGACGAUCUAAGGGAGUUGGGUAUAUUGAAUUUUAUGAUGCAAUGUCGGUGCCAAUGGCUAUUGCUCUAUCUGGCCAACUUCUUCUUGGGCAACCUGUAAUGGUGAAACCUUCUGAGGCUGAAAAGAACCUUGUUCAAUCUAAUGCUUCUGGUGGAGCAGCCGGUGUAGCUGGGCCCUAUGGAGCUGUGGACAGAAAGUUGUAUGUAGGGAAUCUUCACUUUAAUAUGACUGAAAGUCAGCUGCGUGAGAUAUUUGAGCCAUUUGGUCCAGUUGAGGUUGUUCAGCUGCCUCUUGACUUGGAGACAGGACACUGCAAGGGUUUUGGGUUUGUUCAAUUUGCCCAUCUUGAACAUGCCAAGGCUGCCCAGAGUUUAAAUGGAAAAUUGGAGAUUGCUGGCAGGACUAUCAAGGUAGAAAUAUUUGUGUUAGUCAUUUUGUUUUUCACUUGUAUGUUUUCAAUUCUGUUGAUGAUAACUUUGCUAGUUCUUUUGUUUGUGACUGAUGUUGUUCAUCAAAUUCAGGUUUCGUGUGUAACAGAUCAUGUUGCAAGCCAAGAUACAACUGCAAAAUCUGCAGAUUUGGAUGAUGAUGAGGGUGGAUUGACUUUAAAUGCUCACUCAAGAGCAUUGCUUAUGCAGAGGCUAGCUGGUGCUGACAUUCCUGCAAGUAUAGGUAUGCCCAUUGUGAAUGGCUCAGUUCCUGCUCAGCAGGCUAUUAGCUUGCCUAUUGGUAAUUCAGGUAUUAUACCUGCACCAGUUCUACCAGCACAAGUUAUGCCUACCCCGGUGGUAGAACCAGUUGGAAGCCCCAGCGAGUGUUUGUUGUUAAAGAAUAUGUUUGAUCCAAGCACUGAGACGGAACCAGAUUUUGAUAUGGACAUUAAAGAGGAUGUAGAGGAAGAGUGUUCUAAGUAUGGCCGGGUGAAGCAUAUUUUUGUUGACAAACAUAGUGCAGGAUUUGUGUAUUUGCGGUUUGAAACUGUGGAAGCAGCAAGUGCUGCUCAACGUGCAAUGCAUAUGAGAUGGUUUGCACGCAGGUCAAUUUCAGCUGUCUUCAUGCAACCGCAGUCAUAUGAAGCCAAGUUUAAAGGGGAAGCUUGAAGUUCAUACAGGCCUCCGGGGUUCUAAAUAUACAAUCUGCAUAAUUUUGUGGUCUUAGUUUUCAUAAAUUAAGUUCUAGUUUAUAGAUUUUGAUUCUUGAAUUGUAUUAGAUGUAUGAUUACAGAAAUUGUAAUGUCCAGAUGUUGACGAGCUUCAUGAUCAGUUACUAAUCAGUUUCCGUUACGCAUGCCAAAUGUAUUUUAACAAUCUUGUCAUGCUAUUUCAUCAUGUUUAUGUGUAAUGGAGAAUAUCUUCU